AUGCCGCCGGUUUAUGUGGAGGCUUGCAUCGCUACUGGUGCUGUUGUGUCACUUUGGGGCCUCGACACCGGUAGCAUCGGGUCAAUCACGGCCAUGGCGACGUUCAAAGAAUCUUUUGGCGAGUUUUCAUCGACCGUUCACGGUGCUAUUGUGUCGACACUAUUGAUAACCGGGGCUAUGAGCGCCUUGCUUGCGGGCGCUUUGGCAGACCAACACGGACGAGUUGUCAUAAUAUCGACUGGUGCUGCAGUAUUUGGAAUCGGCGCAGCUAUCGAGUGCGGAUCUGUACAUCUUGCCAUGUUCAUCACUGGUCGAGCCGUAAAGGGUCUCGGGACGGGACUAUUCGCCAGCACUGUUGCUGUCCAAAUCUGCGAAAUAACACCAGCAAAGGUACGCGGCUUCUGGGUUGCUUUCUCGCAAUUCAUGAUCACCGUUGGUCUCGCAACGGGUUAUUUCACAUGCUAUGGCACAGGGCGCAUCGCGAAAUCCUCGGCGUCUUGGCGUGUUCCUCUGGCUAUUCAAUCGAUUUUUGCCUUCGGCCUUGCUGCAACAACAACAUUCGUCCCGCAGUCUCCCCGCUGGCUGGUUGCAAAGGGCCAGUUCAACAAAGCUCAUUUGGUGGUCUCUCAACUUGGCAUCAGCAACGAAGAGCAACAAGAGAUGCUGGCACAAACAGGGCAAGCUCCUGUGCACUGCUCAAAUAUAAGGAUGCGCGACAAUAUUCUAGAGACGUUCAAAGACUUCAGGAGAGCUUUUUCAUCUCCAUUCUGUUCUCGGACCGCUUUUGGAUGUUUUCUCAUGGCCUCACAACAACUCUCUGGUAUUGAUGGCGUGUUGUACUAUGCCCCGUUGUUAUUUCGGCAGGCUGGCGUUGCCUCGGAAGAAGCUACGUUCUUGGCGUCCGGAGUCUCCGCGUUAGUUAUCAUGGCUGUAACCGUCCCGGCUACCAUAUUUGCGGACAGCUGGGGUCGUCGAACCGCUACAUUGAUUGGCGGCGCUGGAAUCAUCUUUAUAAUGUUUCUGAUUGGAUCUAUGUACGCCGCUAACCAGGUACAUCCGGACACAGGGGCUGGACGAUGGGUUGUGAUCGUCUCCAUCUAUAUUUUCACUGUCAUUUUCAACAUGACGUGGGCUAUAUGCAUCAAGGCGUUCUUGGUGGAAAGCCUGCCCCGCGAAGUGAGAUCUAGCGGUGCCGCACUAGGGCAGAGCGCCAACUGGAUAACCAAUUUUGUUGUGGCCUUAACAACACCUCCCUUCCUGGACGCGUCCACUUACGGUCCGUACUUUUUCUUCGGUAGCUGCACGUUGAUUUCUGUUUUGGUCGGCGUGGUUUGUAUGUCCGAAACGAGGAACCAGAGUCUCGAAGCCAUUGAGACAGCCUUUCUCGAAGGGAAAGCGAGACAGACGACCAUUGGCUUAAAGUGGUUGACGGCACUGAAGGGUUCGAAUGUCUCCGAGGACAGAGCAGUUAUUCAACAAAUCAAUUAG